AUGGCUGCAACUUCUAGCGCUAUGACCCAUACCAGUACUCGCCUUCCGGAUGCUAACGAAAGGCGUCUGAACGUACUUGCUCCUUUGCGCGGCUAUGCAGAGGAACCACUUGUACCAUUAAAAGAAGCUGUUGUAAAAUUGCGUGAACUACUUGAUGAUGUUGACGUACGCAUCUGGACAGCUACAGGUAGAUCUGAAAAUCCAGCCGACAAACUUACUCAAGAUGAAUCAGCCGCUAUUGUUUUGUAUACAAUGGAGUGGGAUCCCAGUCAUCGUAGUCUUUAUUUAGUACUAAACCGAACGCUUCGUUUAGAAGAUCGAAGGAGACUUAUUCCUUGGUUUCCUUAUUUGAAACUUGUAUUAAUCGCUCGCUGUUCACAUUGCCAUCAAUGCGUUGCACCGUCUGGAGAAGUGUACGCGGCGAUUUACGCGCGCAUUCCCAACAGGGUCGCAAUGUUACAUGGUGGGGAUUUAGCUUUUGUACGACUGCAAUAA